CUAUCUCGCGUUUGGCCUCACUUGCAUGCCGCGUCUGUUCAUCAUAGCACCUGCCACGUCAAGCUCUUUGUGCCGCGUCAGUGCUUCCUCAAGCUCCUUGUGCCGCGUCAGUACUGCGGCGUCACGCAAUUAUGGAAAGCCAGACAGCCACGGUAUGUCACAAAACCCUCGGACAUGCUGCGUCAAGCCCCACUCCCCAAUCAAAUUUUCAACAUCGUCUUUUUCCAUGCUAACCAUAUGUAAAUCUGACGGCCAAGCGGCACCCAUACUUCUCAAGCAGCUUUUUCCAUUUCGUUUCCUAUAGCC